AUGACAUCAGGCUCAGUUCAUAUGUCAGGACGUGUCAUCUUGUAUGACAUCAGGCUCAGUUCAUAUUAUGACCCGUGUGGCCUGUAUGACCCGUGUGGCCUGUAUGACCCGUGUGGCCUGUAUGACCCGUGUGGCCUGUAUGACCCGUGUGGCCUGUAUGGCCCGUGUGGCCUGUAUGACCCGUGUGGCCUGUAUGACCCGUGUGGCCUGUAUGACCCGUAUGGCCCGUGUGGCCUGUAUGACCCGUGUAGCCUGUAUGACCCGUGUGGCCUGUAUGGCCUGUAUGACCCGUGUGGCCUGUAUGACCCGUGUAGCAUGUAUGACCCGUAUGGCCUCCUGUAUGACCCGUGUGGCCUGUAUGACCUGUAUGACCCGUGUGGCCUGUAUGACCUGUGUGGCCUAUAUGACACGUGUGGCCUGUAUGGCCUGUAUGACCCGUGUGGCCUGUAUGACCCGUGUGGCCUGUAUGACCCGUGUGGCCUAUAUGACACGUGUGGCCUGUAUGGCCUGUAUGACCCGUGUGGCCUGUAUGACCCGUGUAGCCUGUAUGACCCGUGUGGCCUGUAUGGCCUGUAUGACCCGUGUGGCCUGUAUGACCCGUGUAGCCUGUAUGACCCGUGUGGCCUCCUGUAUGACCCGUGUGGCCUGUAUGACCUGUAUGACCCGUGUGGCCUGUAUGACCUGUGUGGCCUAUAUGACACGUGUGGCCUGUAUGGCCUGUAUGACCCGUGUGGCCUGUAUGACCCGUGUGGCCUGUAUGACCCGUGUGGCCUAUAUGACACGUGUGGCCUGUAUGGCCUGUAUGACCCGUGUGGCCUGUAUGACCCGUGUAGCCUGUAUGACCCGUGUGGCCUGUAUGGCCUGUAUGACCCGUGUGGCCUGUAUGACCCGUGUAGCCUGUAUGACCCGUGUGGCCUGUAUGACCCGUGUGGCCUGUAUGACCUGUGUGGCCUGUAUGACCCGUGUGGCCUGUAUGACCCGUGUGGCCUGUAUGACCCGUGUGGCCUGUAUGACCUGUGGCCUGUAUGA